AUCGCUGGACCGGCCUGCAGUCAUGAAGUUCUUCAUCCUCCUCUUGAGCAUCGGUCUUGUUUGGGCUCAGGACGAUUCCACUGCCGCGUCAGGGGAGAUUUCGGUCUCUGAAGCCAUCAGCGAAGCAGUCUCGGAGGCUGUCACUGAAGCCGUGACCGAACUCAUCUCUGUGAGUGCGAUCGAAGUCACCACCGAGGCGAUCUCUGAAGCAGUGACCGAGACUGCGACCAGAGCCAUCGAUGUGACCACGAAAGGGGCCGGCGCUGAGAGCACAACUGGAGCCGUAACCGAGGCUAUCACAGAGGCCAUCACAGAUGCCGUGACUGAAGCCGUCACCGAUGCUUCCAGCGAGGCCGUUCGUGAAGUGACCACUGCGGCCGUCUCUGAAAUCACCACGCAGCCCGCCGCUGAAACCACCACCGAGCGCGUACCAGAAAUCACCACGCAGCCCGCCGCUGAAACCACUACCGAGCGCGUCACCGAGACCACCACCGACUCCGUGAGCGAGACCACCACCGACUCCGUGACUGAGACCACCACCGACUCCGUGACUGACAAGUAA